GAAAAUAUAUUUGAUCGACCCAGAAUGACCCCAAAGACUCCCAUGAAAAAUGAGCCCAUUGAUUUGUCCAAGCAAAAAAACUGUACUCCUGAGAGAAGCCCAAUUACACCUGUGAAGCUGACCGACAAGCCUCUUGCAGAUCCAUGGACUCCAACAGCUAACCUAAAGAUGCUUAUUAGUGCUGCUAGUCCUGACAUGCGGGACAGGGAAAAGAAAAAAGAACUCUUCAGACCAAUUGAGAACAAUGAAUUUAGCGAUGCUCUCCCCGAUUCCUCACAGGAGUUGAACGCAGGCGGAUUUAUGAUAUAGUGAAUGUCCUGGAAUCUCUUGAUCUUGUUAGCCGAGUGGCUAAGAAUCAGUAUUGUUGGCAUGGUCGCCACAGUUUGAGCCAGACUCUGAAAAAACUUCAAGAAAUAGGAGAGCUUCAAAAAUAUGAAGAACUCAUGACUUCUUUCCAGCAGAAAGAACUUGACUUUGAGUGUAGAUUUGGAGAACACAAAAAAGAGAGCUUUGUAGAUUUCCAAGAUCGACAGUUGCUUGACUUCUCAGAGACAGAUUGUCCAUCUGCGUCUGCAAACAGCAGAAAGGACAAGUCGUUGAGGAUUAUGAGCCAGAAAUUUGUCAUGUUGUUCCUUGUCUCCAAGACCAAGAUAGUUACUCUUGACAUAGCAGCAAAAAUAUUGAUAGAAGAAAGCCAGGAUACUGCUGAUCACAGCAAGUUUAAAACAAAGGUAAGAAGACUGUAUGAUAUCGCUAAUGUCUUGACAAGUCUUGGGCUGAUCAAGAAAGUGCAUGUAACAGAAGAAAGAGGUCGUAAACCAGCCUUCAAAUGGAUUGGGCCUGUGGAAUUCACUGGAAAUAAUGAUGAUAUAAAAAUGGAAGUUCGAACCUUUGCUACUCUUACUGAAGUGAAAAGACCAACCCGUAUUCCACAUCAAGCUUGUUCUAAUAGAAAAGACCGAAUGUCACGCCAUGCUUCUUUUAGCAUUCCUCAGUCUUCUGAAAUGGUCAAGAGGAAAGUUAGUUCUGAACCAAGCAGCCCACACAAAGAGAGACAAGAUGAUUACUGUUCCAAAAUGAUAAACCUAGCAUCUGUUUGCUGCCAGAAUUUGGAAGAUAACAAAAGAAGUAUUGAAGCAGCAAGAAAUCUGGGCAUCAUUUCUUCCUUCUCGGUUUUUCCUGUUCCAGAAGAUUCAGACUAUUGUGCUAAUGUCUUCCCUUGCUUUCCUGAAAAGACCAACUCAGAUGCAUCACAUCGGUCUUUACCAAAUGGAAUAAACAAUCAAAACAUACCAUCUUCUGCUGUAUCAGCUUGCAAAACUGAGACUGGGGAAACCAAUGCACUCCCCAGCCAACCUUUUGUUUACUUGCCAUCUGCAUCCCUUUAUAUGCUGUGUGGGAAACUUCAUGAAAGUCAACCACGGGAAAAUUUGCCAGAAAAAAGAAGUGAAGACACAGGUGGCCACAUUUCCCCCUGCUCAUUAGAAACCACAAAAUCUCCAGUUAACUUUCGCAAGCGGAGUUCCCAGAAGUGUGUACCUCCCACUGCAGCUCCAUCUGAAGAGGCACCUAUAGCCAAAAGACAAAGCCUGGAGCAGAGUGAUGGUCCCAUUUCAUUAGUAGUAUCCAAGAAAACCAUUCAGCCAGCUGACGCAAACAAUAACUGCAGCUCCCGUGACCAGCAGAAAGGCCUUCAGUUCGAAUCAGGGACUUCUGAAAUUCUGGAAACUGUCAUAACAGAAACCCAGAACCAUGAAGAAUCACAUAGGAAUAAAAAUGUAAAAGAAAACUUGAAAGAAAAGGAACAAACCUCUCAGGAAAAUAGCAAACCAUCUUUUUUACCACAGUAUCUCUACGUACAGCCUGCAGCUGCGUAACGCUUCCAGGAGUGUUCUAAUUGUGGUACAACCAUGCCUGAAGCUCUAUGUUAUUUCUGAGAAGGCUCAAACACAUCCAGUGAUAUUCAGUGAAGUUCAAAUGGUAUUUUGAGCUCAACGUGUUGAAUGCGAAAAUUUACAGGUCAUUGCUCUUUUGUCUUUAUCCUUGAGAAGACAGGAUUUUGCUGUAUUUGGUAUCUUUUUCUUUCUUUCUUUUAUUUUAGGAUUAAAUGGUUUAAA